AGAUUAGAAGCGAAGCAAGAACCGAAGCGACAACUACGGCUACUUUCCUCCAUUAUCUGCUAAAAAUUUACACAUGAAAGUUCAUUUUAAAUCAUUUCCCGAGUAUUUUGAACUGCUUUGUCGCUGUUUUUUUCCUGAACUUUCUUUCCGGACUUAUAAGGAAACUAAACUCAAAGCGCAAAGGAUAAUUUUGUCGUGCGUAAAAGUCAACGUGGACCCCUGCAGCAUCUUUAUAAAGUGAUAUUACGGGACAUAUAACCAGGGCAACGUGCGAGAAGACGUUCGGACGCGAAAGGAACAAACUACGUGACAUUUAAAGGGCACGAGAUAGACGGAGGUUUACGUGGAGUGCACGUUAUUACGCACAAAUGGUGUUUCUGUGGGACGCGAAAUACGACCCAGCCCCCGGGCGCCGCUACACUCCCCCCUCCACGACGCUCUCUUCUGGGGGAAAGAUGACCGAAGCUCUGCCUCUCGGAGCUCAGGAGCCUGGAGGAGGCAACGCACAAGUGUCCAAGUACAGCAUGGCCGGCAGAGGAGUACUGCAGGUAAUCUCGGACCACUCGGGGGAGCUGGUGAAGACGGACAGUCCAAACUUCCUGUGCUCAGUCCUGCCGACUCACUGGAGGUGUAACAAGACACUGCCCAUUGCCUUCAAGGUGAUAGCAUUAGGAGACAUACCAGACGGGACUUUGGUCACAGUGAUGGCGGGAAACGACGAAAACUACUCUGCCGAACUCAGGAACGCUACGGCGGCCAUUAAGGGACAAGUGGCACGAUUUAAUGAUUUGAGAUUCGUCGGGCGCAGCGGACGAGGUAAAAGCUUCACAUUGACCAUCACAGUUUUUACCAACCCUCCUCAAGUGGCCACAUAUCAGAGAGCCAUCAAGAUCACAGUGGACGGACCCCGCGAGCCGAGACGGCAUCGUCAGAAGUUGGACGAGGUAAAACCCGGGUCGUUGGCGUUUUCGGAGCGUCUGACGGAGUUGGAGCAGUUACGGCGCAGCUCAAUGAGAGUCACUCCUCCUCAUCAUCAUCACCAUCACCAUCAUCAUCCUCACCAGCAGACUGCCAACAGCAGACAGACAGCAGCAGCUCUGAAUGCAGCGUCCUUCUCCAGUCCCACACACUCCCAGAUCACUGCAGACUCCAGACAGAUGCAGUCGUCUCCUUCCUGGUCCUACGACCAAUCAUAUCCAUACCUGGGCCAGAUAACCACGCCCACUGUGCACUCGGCCAAUCCACUGUCUCCGGGGCGGUCCUCCCUCGAGCUCUCAUCACGACUCACAGGUCCGGAGCUCACGGCGUUCAGUGACCCUCGUAUGACCAUCGAGCGCCCCUUCUCCUCUCUGCCCUCUCUUCCCGACUCACGCUUUUCCGAUCCUCGCGUUCACUAUCCCCCCACUGCCGCCGCCUUCACCUAUAGCCCCGCCCACAACACGGUUUCCAACGGCGCCCUGGGCAUCGGACGCUACCACACCUACCUGCCUCCGCCCUACUCCGCCAGCACGCCCCACCAGACCCAGAAUGGACCGUUUCAAUCCACAUCUUCGCCGUAUCACCUCUACUACUCCACAGGCUCAUACCAGUUAUCGGUGAUGCCUGGAGGAGACCGAGCAGUCAAUGGAGGUGAUUCGCGUUCCCCUCCCCGAAUCCUGCCCCCCUGCACCAACGCCUCCACAGGCGCCGCCCUCGUCCACCCCUCGCUGCCCAAUCAGAACGAAGGAGUCGGCGUGGAGGUGGAGUCAAGCCACAGCUCCUCCCCUACCAACAUGGCUGAAGCUGUGUGGAGACCGUACUGAAAGACAGACGAGUGGUCAAUAGUCAGGCAACCCCAGAGACGGUGGGCAAAUGAUCACUGAACUAAGAAACUUUAAUCUAUGCAUUUUAUUUUCUGGAGUAGUAAAGUAAAUACUUGAAAGCAAAAUAUGCCAAAAAUUACUCUAUUAAUAUCGCGUUAUUAUAUUCAUUGAUGAGAUGUAGACUAAUCCUCCUGCUAUGUUUUAAAGGGUCUAUAUUACGCUAUUUUAUGUUCCAUGUUAUAAUGUUGUUUCCUCAUGAAAAACAGACCUGGAGUUGUGUUUUGUUUCAUUCACACAUGUUUAACACUGUAUAUUUAGGCUGAGUUAUUCUCUCAAACAGAAAACACUCUGUUCCACCAUGUGAUGUCAUGGGGUAAUACAGGAAGUGCUCCACUGUGUUUUUAAACUCCACCAUCACUAGAAUCAUUUGGAUUAUUUCAGCCCUGGAAUUGACAGUCUCUAAUUAACUAAAGGUAAAAGGAGCUGUUAACUUAAAAACUACCACUUCAUGACAUCGCAAGGUGGAACAGAGCAUUUUGGGGUUUGGAGAUGUGGACAGACUGAUAAUAAAGUGUUACUCAAACAUGUGUGAAUGAAACAAAAGACAGCUCCAGGUCUGUUUUUGAGGAGGUAACAACAUUAUAACAUGACUUAAAGCUCACGAGAAUCAAUUUUGUGUAAUAUAGGAGCUGUAAACAAUUUUUAAAACAUGAUUUAAAGAAGUAAUGUCCCACAGUAUAGCAUUAAAGUUAUUUCACAUUUAUUCAAUAACAUAUUUUUAAUUCAGAUAAUACAAAUCUGACCCAGUGGCUUCAGCUGUUUGUUUCUAUGGUGAUAUGUGUGUUUUCAAAUUUCAAGGCAAAAUAAUGAACACCUCAAAGGAGACAGGCAGCUGGCGUACCCUUCUUCUGAAAAGUUACAUAUUGCACCUUUAAAUAAACUGCAUUUAAAUGAAGAAGUUCAAGAAUCCUUUGCCCACUUUCUUGGUUGUUGUUGGACUCAUUUUUCCAGUCUACUGAUACCGAUGCAGACAUUCUACAUUUAAGGAACUAUCAAAAAAGAAGAAGAAAUUUAAACCAGGAAAUGAACUUUAGUUUUACACUGACGAUGUACAGCAUGCGGUGGCACUGGACUGAAAACCUUUGUAAAUUAUCUUGUGUCGUCUCGUUGUCAUGGUGAAUAGCAUUGUUGAUGCCAAAAAUGUGAUGCUCUGACUUUUUAUGUCACCAACCAAACUACAAAACAAGUUGGCAUUAUUUCACCUUUUCAUAUUUUUGUUGCUAUAAUUUGCUAAACCUUUGUCAUUCUAUUGUUUUUGCUACUUAUUUGUUGAACUACUGUGAUGCAAAAUAGUCAGUAGAUUACAUUUUGAAUAAAUAUUUAACACUGUGCCGUAUGAAGAUAUAUUAAAGCUACCAUCCGUAAUUAGAUUGGCUGACC